GAUCUUGUGCGGCCGACGUCGUGAAUUCCGGCGUCGUGUGGUAGAGUAGUUGGUUCAGGUCACGACGGUAUAGAAAGUUGGAGAGUCAGCUUAAGGCAAAGAUACGCUGCUUUUUAAUCAUUUAGCAACAUCAUUAACAUCAAAAUGUUGUCGAGAACGGCAAAUUUAAGAUGUUUGCUGGGGCCAACAUUGCGGACUGCAGCAGCCGUUUCAGUGCGUGCAGAGCACACCCUGCCAGAUCUUCCAUAUGACUACUCGGCAUUGGCACCCAUCGUUAGCGGAGAGAUCAUGGAACUUCAUCAUAGGAAACAUCACCAGACAUAUGUCAACAACUUGAAUGCUGCAGAGGCUAAAUUGAAAGAAGCCCAGGAAAAAGGAGAUGUGAAUGCAAUGAUAAGUCUCCAAUCUGCAAUCAAAUUCAAUGGAGGGGGACAUAUCAAUCACUCUAUCUUCUGGCAAAAUCUCUCACCAAAUGGUGGCGGACAACCUACAGGUGAAAUGGGAGGUGAGUUGGCUGAUGCUAUCAAACAAGACUUUGGGUCAUUUGAUAACAUGGUAGAGAAAAUGUCUGCUGCGACCAUUGCUAUACAAGGCUCGGGAUGGGGAUGGUUGGGUUACGAUAACAGGAACAUGUCUCUCACCAUCGCAACAUGCGCCAAUCAAGAUCCGCUUCUUCCCACAACCGGACUGUCACCUCUUUUGGGUAUUGAUGUCUGGGAGCAUGCUUAUUACCUUCAGUACAAGAACGUUAGACCAGAUUACGUCAAAGCUAUUUGGAAUAUUAUCAACUGGCAAGAUGUGUCGGAAAGAUAUCGCAAUGCAAUUAGCCAGGGUUUGUAAUACAAUUUAAUGGCGAUAUCAGAUAUAUAUUAUUAUAAUUAAAGAUAUCAGUGGAUUGAUAAUUAUUAUAUACAAAAUUGAAAGCCAUUGAACUGUUGCUGUAAUAGAGCAUAAUUGAAAUA